AUGGCAUCCGAUGAGUACACUCAAACUAUUAAGAAAUUAAAACCGAUACCGUUACAAGGAGAUAUCUCGGAUGCUCUUACUAACAACUUUAUCUCAUUGUUCAUUGGUGUUAAACAGAAAAGCUCUAGCAUUCCGUAUCCUUCCAUCAAAAUCAACAGAGACAACAAUCGUCAUCCUGAAAGGAUAUCACCAUCAGAAUUCGUUACCUUACAAAGGUUACGUUCAAGUGCAUUGGCAUGCAGGACAAGCACGACAAUCAAAACUAGCCGAAACAAUGGUACUUUGUUCGAUGACCUCAUAAACAGCGAUGCUGUUGACAAAAAUAAGGAAAAACAUAAAGAGAGUGAAACAAAUAUUGGUGAUGCUGAGGUCAUUUUGUCCGAGAAAGUCAUUACCGCAAGUCCUUCAAGAUCUGCAGUGGAGAAUGAUGAAAAACAUACCAAACCUGUGCAGGAAAAAGUAAUAGAACCAUCGAUUGAAAAGUCUGUGAUACUACUUGCUAGAGGACCUGUUCGUAAUUUACGCAGCACUAUCGUUGGUUAUGCUCCAUACACAUCAAGAAGUGGAUGUGUUAUAGAGCCACAGAAUUUCGAUGGAAAUAUCGAAAACUAUAACAUGUUGUAUAGCACACGUCAAUAUGGCUUUGAAAAUCCAACUUUUUCACCCACUGGAUCGGAUCUCACACAAUUUACAUCAAGUAGUUCAACUCCAGAUACAAUACAGUCGGAUUUUGGCUGCGGUUCGUCAAGCACACUAUAUAAGAUCUCACCUAGUUUAGAGCAAACUAUUUCAUCUCUAGGAGAUGUAGUGAAUAAUACUCAACUUCCUGAAGACCUGUCUGACUUUAUUCUAAAAUACUCUCAAGAAUAUACAACUGUACGAUCACUGAAAAAUAAUAUAUCAGCGAGAUCUAGAGAUAGCAGCAUCAGUGAUGGUAACAAUCAGACAAAUUUUGAUAGUCCCUUGUAUCGGAUUCUUGUUGAAGAUAAUUGCGUUUCACCACUUUCGGCGAAAAGUGCACCACAGUGUUCCCCUGUGCUACCACGAACAGCUGCACAGAUCCCGGCUAUUUUUGAAGAAAACCAGUUAGAAACAACUGCUGCUUCCAAGAAUUUGUCAGUUCCUGAAUUUUUAAAAAUCAAUCAAAGUAAAAGAGAACUGACAACAUCACGUUUAGCAAAAUGUCGUUUUCGAGCUCUUAUUAAUGACAACGAAAUGGUUGAAGCUUGGGCAUGGUCAUGCAAAUGUAUUCAGGAACUGGAAGGUGCACUAUGCUAUCAGGAUCAAGAUGGCGAUACCCUUUUGCACAUUGUGAUUUUGCAUAUGGAUCUCCCGAAAAUUUAUGCGCUCGUUGAGCAGAUGUUGAAAGCUGAAAAUGUUUGUACACGGCCAGCUUUUGAUAUGCCAAAUGCAGCUUUUGAAACACCUCUCUAUUUGGCUGUACAAAAAAAUAGUCCUGAAGUCGUGGCAUACCUGGUGGAAGCCGGAGCUAAUCCAAAUCACCAGACGGCAUCGCCAGGACAGCAAACACCUUUGCAUUAUGCUGCAUCAAAUGGAAUGACUGAAAUUGUUGAAAUUCUUUGCACUAGUGGGAAAGUUGAUGUUAACAUGCUCAAUGGAAUGGGACAAACGCCGCUUUUGUGUGCUGUUAAGGAACAUGGUGUUGGCCGGAGAAAGACUCAGCUGUAUAUUGAUAACAGUUCGACGAUUCUGUGUCUUCUUAAGCAUGGGUCGAACCCCAUGAAUACAGAUUUAUGUGGAAACAGCAUUCUUCAUUAUGCAGUAAACAGUCUGGAUGCUGAUCUUAUUGAGAUGUUCAAGUCGUGUGUAGACGAGGAAACGAUUACAAAAUUGGCGAAUAAAGAAAAUAUGUGUGGUGAGACCCCAUUGGAAAGCUUGCAUUGUGAACCGGAACGACGUGAUGAGAAACUUUGUUCUAACGUUUUCAUCAGUUUGUUAAGAUGCGGUGCCACUGUUAAAUCUCAUUGA